CCCGGCUCUCUGGGUGCGCACUUUCACACCUGCCCAUGUGUACGCAAAGUUACUCUCUCACCUCAGUGUCGCCCUCGGCCCGAAGGGAGGUGACUAGACCUUUGCAUUCCAGGGCUCUUAAUAAAAGUCAGAAGUUGAUGAGUGAGAGUUGUAGAGAGAGUCAGGGAAGUUGGAUCAUUAGGCAGGUCUGAGACACGGCGAGAAGGUUCCCCUAUGGAGUCAAAUCAACAGAGAGGCCUUGGGAGCUGCGGGUCAGGCACCGGCGCGCCUGGCGAGGGCCAAUGCAGUAAUGUGGCAUUGUGGAGACCUUGGCACCAAGCCCCCAGAACAGAUGCGACUCCACACAGUGAAUCUACAGUCCUGCAGCAGUUCUACAGUGACAAUCGGUCAUAUAUGAAUGAAAAAGGGAAACCCUCAGCUUUUCAACAUCCUGUUAAGUUAUUUUGGCCCAAAUCAAGAUGCUAUGACUUCAUGUAUCAGGAAGCGGAGCAAUUAUUGAGACAUUUCCCUGUCCAAGCUACAAUAUCCUUGUACCAGGAGACAGACAGUGACAGUGAUUCUGAAGGUGAAGAAAUGUACGAUAAUUAAAUCCUGGACAGUCACAGAUCGUAGCUUAAUCAGUGGAGAAGGACUGAAGGACUUUGGUGUUGAUGAAAAGUUUCGCGGAUAGAUGUGUUCAGUUCAUGGAACUAUUACCUCUCACAGUGGACAUUCUUAACACCUGAUAUUGCAAUAAUACCUACUUGUUGGAUGCUAAAUCCUCACAUCUGUAUAAAGUUCUUUAACUUCUGCCUUAUGAAUGAACUAAAGCCCUCUUUUAAAACUCUGUAAGGAUGGCGUUUUUUUAUUUUAAAAAGCACUUUUUUUCUUCAAUGAGACUAAUUUAUUUCAUUUUUUUAUUUGUACUGCUGUAAGAUGAUAUUUAUAAUAAAAGGCUAAAAUGCA